UCAGACUCAGCAUCCUACAUGGUGGUAUAAACACAGACACCCUCUUCUCGUAAAGUGUCAUCUGCUUUGAUCUCCACCAUUUCUAAAUUGAAUCUGUGAUACGGGAAGAAAUGGCGUGGCCCUUUAAAAAAAAGCCUGCUCUGCCUUCUCCAUUGAUGGACACAGAUUGGCGAGAAAUCAAAUGGAGCGCCUGUGAGCAGAAAAACAUUGGUGCGGCGGACCGUGACAAACAUGAGAAGGACAAAGAGAAGGAAAUCAAAGCACUGAAAAACAAAGUGCAGGAACUUCAACUCAACAGUCCAGAAGUCCAACAUCUGCGGAUCCUUAUGUACGGACCUCCGGGAGCUGGGAAGUCCAGCUUUGUCAACACUAUCGAUAGCAUCUUUCAGAACCGCAUGACCAGUGCAGCCCCUGUAGAUGCAAUAAAUGAAGUCAGCUACACAAAGUCGUUUCAAGUCUACAAAAUUAGAAAUGGUGGAUCUGGACAUCUGCCAUUUGUCAUCUGUGAUGUCAUGGGCUUGCAAAUUGAUGACUGUGGAGGGGUGCUUCCUGAAGACCUCAAGAACAUCUUGAAAGGCCACAUUAAAAAUGGCUACCAGUUUAACCCUUUAAGCCCCUGUUCAGAAGGCAGUCCACACUACAACAACUGUCCCGCUCUGAAAGAUCAGAUCCACUGCCUUGUGGGCAUCAUGCCAGCAGACAAGGUUUCUCUGACAGAUGAGGAAUUCUUCAAGAAGAUGAGGGAAGUAAGACUCAAAGCCAGUGAGCUUAGAAUCCCUGAGGUUGCAGUGCUGACAAAAAUAGACCUGACAUGUCCUGAAGUGCAAAAGGACAUCACAGUUGUCUACAGAAGCAAGAAGAUCGAAGAAAAUAUGAAGAUCUUCAGUAGUAGAUUUGGAGUUCCCUUGACCAACAUCUUCCCGGUGAAAAACUUCCACGAUGGGGAAUUUAAUAAACCUGAUUUGAAGGUGCUGGUGCUCAAUGUACUAAUUAACAUCCUGAACUUCGCCAACGACUAUGUGGAUGUGAUGGCGUCUGAAGACAUCUGAGCGAGUUCACCCAGAGAAACUAGCAUAAUAUUUGAUCACUAUACUGUUUCCGUUGCUUAUCAGGAGAAUGCACAAUGCUAUAAUGAGAUGCUGACCUCAUUUAAUAUCAGAAUGUUCUGGACACAUUAACAUUUAGAAUGCUUUAAAAUGUGUGAAUGAAGAUUAUAGUCAUGUAAAUUCACUAUUUAUGCAUGACUAUAAACUUCAUUCACGCAUUUUAAAUCACAACCUGUUCAUCACUUUACCUCAGGGGCCACAGACAUGAUUAACUAAUGAAAACAUAAUGCUUAGCUAAUGAGGACAUGCCUAUAUUUAAACAAUGUGGAUUCUUCGAUAUUCUCUGAAAAUGAUCUUAAUAAGUUCAUGUUGAGUUAAUGUAUAGUUUACUUACCCCUUGGAACACAUGAAAAAACCAAGAAACCAACAUGAUCAUGUGUAAUUGAUCAUUAUUCUUAAUGAAAUAUCCACUGUACCUAAUGCUCAUUAAUGACAGACAAUGAAUUCAUGUUAAUUAAUGAGAUUUUCAUGUAUAAUUAAUGCAUGAGUUAAUUAACCCAUGAUCAUUCAUAACAUUUAGUUAACAUGAAUUCAUGUGCUAUUACUUUUCUUUUUUCUCCAUGACAGUGAUGUCCACGAUUUUGUCCGACAAAAAAGUCAUCAUGAUCAUCCUUCAUUAAUCAUGAUUCAUGAUGAUGUGCCAACCGUACUUAAUGCUUAAGAUGAUGAGUUGUUUAUGCAUGAAUUCAUUAAUGACAAUCAGUGAAUUCAUGUUAAGUCAUAAUAAUUCAUGAUAUAUUCAGGGAUGAAUUAAUGCAUGAUUCAUGAGAAUUCAUGUAUCCUUAUCGUAAAGUGUUACCCAUUUUUUUUGUGUCAUAUCAAUUUCUACCAAUAAUGUAAAUGAAAAAGCUGAAAAUAAAUACAAAAGAAAAACAUGAAUAAUCCUGUCUAUAAUGACACCAGGGUUUUUUUUUGUCACCAGUUCAAGUGCUGUGAUAAUCCUGCUUUGUAACUAGCUUUCUUUUGUAGAAAGUCCUUCACUUGCACAGAAAUACAGUGCCCUCCAAAAGUAUUUGAGCGCAUGCUAAAGUUGACAACAUCAAAUCAUCUUUUGAAAAUUGAUCUUAAUGCUUUAAAUACAAAUAUUCAACAUUUAAGGACAUCAACUGUCUUUGUGAAUGAAUAAUGUAUUGUAAAUAAAUAAAUAAAUAAAAGUUUUCCUUAAAA